AUGCAAAAAGGGUGCAAAGGCAUCAGAAAAAAGGGAAUUCGUGAGUAUUCUUAUCCCAGAUGUACUUUUCACACGAACAGUCAAAAAGAUACAGAACACAAGAAAACGCGCGGCAAACCAUUUAUUUACGAAUGUAAAGAACCGAAUUGUGGAAAAAAGUACAAUUAUAGUGGAUCAUUAGCCAAUCACAGGAAAAGAAAACAUCAUCUAAAUAUCAAUGCGGAAACUGUAACAAAUCCUUCACCCGAAAGUACAUCUUGA